AUGAUCAACCACCGUGAACCAUGGGCCCAACCAACUCGUAAAAUUUCAGUUUCAUGCAUAUUCUUUUCGUCCUUCUUUCCGCUUGAACUUAUAGGUGAACAUGUUAAAAGAAGUAAGGACGCAUCGGAGCCAGCGCGAGCAGGGUCCACAAUAGCAGAAACAACGGACAAAGACGGAGGUGCGCACGCGUCCACUCCAAUCCACACACAGCCGACACCAACACCAUCAACAGGAACAGAGACAGCAGGAACAGGAGCAACUACGGGAACAUCUGGUGAUGGUGCCAAGGGAGACCCUGGUACUGCGCAGACUGUUCCGGUGGCGCCAGAUACUACGGCACCUAAACCGCACGAUGACGAUCGCGCCACAAAGGGCACAGAUAUUGUUUCCGCAGCGAAUGGUGAUAAUAAUACGGAUCCUUUCGGUAGUGCCGAUUACUGCAUGGUCGAUGGGAAAAAGAAAGACGACGACAGUGAACAGUGUCAUGCAAUAAUCGGUGGGGGCCGACGUGCAGCCAGCACUAGAACUGGUGCUGCAGGUGCUCCUACAGGACCAAGUGGGCAAGCUGAACGAGGUGGAGCCGCGGGCGUAAGUGGCACUGGCGGCCUCGAACUGGGCAUAGAACUGCCCGAAGGAAAAAGCAAUGUAGGAGGAUCAUAUGGACCAGGUACCCCACAGGAUCCACAUACGCCACAGAACACACCCACGUCCCCUAGCCCUGAUGUCCCUGACCUAACCGGCGAUAUCCUUACCGCCACUACUCCCGUACUCUUCUUCCUGUCCGCCGUCACCGUCGCCCUUCUUGGUUAUUCCCUUUGGAAGUACUUUGCGUACCUCGGACAAACACGACGACGAACGUAUCGAACCGUUCGUGACGUGCCGUCACCGCCACUCGACGAAGAAAUAUUGCAACAUCUACAACGACGCGUGCCACCACCCGAUUACGGGUACAAAAUGAUUAAGGAUACGCACCCUGCGUCAACAUCCGGUACAGGACGCCCACCACGCGUGCAUAAACGCACCAUCAUCGAGCUAGAUCUAGAAGUGCUCCACGAAUGUGAAGCAACCGAGUGGGAAAGCGUCAAAGACCACUAUUUGCAGAUACUUGUGGAGGAGUUUGCGCGCGACUUGCAGCAGGACGCAAAGGGGUAUAGUAGUUUCCCGGAUGCUCCUACCACAAACCAGGAUUUAUUAGGAAACAAUGUUUCCUCCACCGUGGAUCCACCCACUGACACCGCUGUAACGGAUCCAUGUCCACCACAUGACCCCGAUCCAUGGAGUUGUAUGGAAGCCAUAGAGUUAGCAACGGACCCUUCUGCUUCUGACGCCGAUGACCCCGAUCCAUGGCGUUGUAUGGAAACCAUACAGUUACCAACGCACCCUUGUCCACCACAUGACCCCGAUCCAUGGAGUUGUAUGGACACCAUACAGUUAGCCAAGGCCCUUGGUCCACCUCAUGACUGCGAUCCAUGGAGUUGUAUGGACACCAUACAGUUAGAUGCACAAAAGCGUCGUGCUCAUUCCAACCACAGGGAGGCGACGUCGGCGUGCACCCAAUGGAUUAACUGGAUUGACCGCCACAAACAUAUUCUGCGGGCGUGCACGACGCAACCGUGGCUUUUGCAACUAAAGUCGGCAUGGAAACAAUACCUGCGUGAGCACAUGGCGGCAAACGAGGACAACGUGCAUCGUGAACUCAGUGAACAAAGAAGUAUUGGAUGUGUGGAAAUGAAGAAAGAUGCCUGGAAAAAGUGGGUCGUGAAGCAACAUCACGACAUGGCAAAGUAUAUCGAAAACGAUUGGUUCAGGCAUUUGUUAGAAAAUAUCGACCAGGAGACAGUACCGGACAAAGGCGCAGUACCUCCAGUAGACAAAGUAAUGGGAACAGAAGACACACUAAGAGUGAGAGAUUUGCCGCAGCCGCAACCACUGCAUGAGGAUUCCUACAAGCAGACACAACUAAUAGCCAAAUUGUGGAUGCUAAUCCUCGCAUUCGUCAUAGAACAGUGCGAGCUAGAAAGCCGCCUGCAGGAGAAGGAGUUAUAUGUAGAUGAACUAUUGGAUCACCUGUGA